AUGGCCUCCACGUCGGCUAUAAGGGUUGCUUCUCCGUGGAAACCCGGGGGUGAGAAUAGGAACAGACCACGCCUCUUGUCUAAGGUUACCCCCACCUUGAUCCUCGAGCAGUCUCCCUCCGCAACCGUGCGGGAAACCUAAGAUUUUUCCACUUCACCCCCUUCCAUGCCUCUUGCCGCCAGUACCCUCUUGGCUGUUACCCCCUCCUUCGCUGCUCGUUCACCCCUUGCACCCGCCCCUCUCCUCUAGGAGAGUACCAACCCCCCUUCUUCUAUUGAUCCAGGUCUAAGGUCGUUUCUUGCGCUCCAGGAGCUCGGCUGGACGAAAUCCCGCUGGACCGAAGAAAACCCGCCUUUCAGCUGUUUCUUUUCCUUCUCCUCCUUCUCCUCCUCUUCCACCUCCUCCUCCUCUUUCUUCUUUUUUCCCUUCUUUUUCUCUCCCCUUCUCCACUUCUUACUCCCGAGCGUAACCUUGAAAACUUCUUUUUUACUCGACCACGAGAUUUAUGCCAGGCUUCAAUGGGAUUUCUCGCACACGUUUGUCGCACUUGUUCCGCGUGCUACGUACGUUAGCACGUAUUUUUUUUUAAUAGUUGUUACUUUUGCGAUAGUUGAUGAUUUGUUUUAUUCUAACUUCACGCGUUGCUGAAAGGGUUCAUUUAUCUCGCUCUUCAUAAUUUUUAAUUACUUCGUUUUACAUCUCCCCUCCUCCCUCCCCCUCCCACCUUCCCCGGAAUUGCAAGCGUAGGAGGAUUAUUUCGCGUUAAUUCGCGACUGUUUAAUUACCACGAAGUAGAAAAUUUCAUGUUCGCCGUGUGUCAAAAGCAUCCGCUUUCGAGGGGAAGUCGAAAAGCAUUUAGAAAUCUCGCGUUUUCUACUCUCGGCGAGAGAGGAUUUUCCACCGGGAGACCGCAAGCAUGUCGGUCGUUCCUGACAUCAUAGCUGGAACAGUUUUAUAGGAUCUCCUUUGGUAGUUCUGUGCGUGUAUAGAAUGUAACACCCAGUCUACGUCCCAUGGUGAAUGAACGUGGUGGUUAAGAGAGCGCGGGGGUGUAGAAGCGGUGCUUUAGCCGGCGGCUGUUAAACACGCCGGGUCUUAUCGGUAAAACUGUUCUGUACAGGACUACCACGUUCAGCCAUUGGCCACGAGAGUAUCUGUAGCCUUAUACUCGUUGUCUGCCAGGUAUGCAUGUCAGUACAUUAUACAACAUUAAUGCCCGCUCGCUAAAAUCGUUCAUGCAAGAAAUCCAUGGUGAAUCGUUAGCGAGAUGUAGGUACCUGCGCGAGAUCAUUUUUCGCUGUUUCUGGACUGUUUAAUCGUCAAUCUCUACUCGAUCGGUCGAAUAUCUCGCGUAUGAAAUUUCUGUUUUCGCUCAUAUUCAUUUCAAUUCAACAAUUUAAAUUGCGAUGCGAUUUAUAUCUUUAUUGGAUUCCGUUGAAAUGGACAUCAAAAUAGUCAUUCACAUGGAAUAGUAUAAAAGAUGUCUGUAAAAAGUAAACGAUUGAAAUUGCAGUUACUAAUAUUACGUCUAAUUUGCACUGGUCUGAUCGCUAUUUCUAAUUUCAUCGUUCUAUCUCGAUUAUUCCAACUUCGUGUCGUCUAUUGUCGGUCAUCUAUUCGAUACUCAUACUGUACGUUUGACUUCGAGGAGGGGGCUCAUCGAGGAGAGCAUGGUGUACGUGUUGAAGAAAGUUCAACAAGUUUCCGACGAAUUGUUCUAGUUCGGUCGAUUGUUUCACUUCCACCAUCGGAUAUUCGAUACCUUGGCCAGUCCCGUAGCGAUUGUUCUCUCGUACCGUUCCGGGGGAGAAUUUUUAACUUCCUUGCUAAACUCUCGCGAGAGCAGAACUUUGAGUUUCCCUCUCUCUCUCUCUCUCUCUCUUUCUGUCUCUUCUCUCUGAAUCCGAUACGUGCUCACAGAUACGUGGACAUCUAUAGGCUUUUAAGGGACAGAAUUCUCUUAUGGCAGGGCUUAUUCUCUUGUACUGUCCCAGGAAGAACUUUUGACUUUCUUGUUAAACUCUCUUUGCAUUCUGAUCAAUCUUUCUCUCUGAAUCCGAUAUUGCUCGGCGUUGCACGGGCUUUCACGCGACAGAAUUCUCUUAAACAUUAACAGUCUAUUGUGAGAUCCUUAGAGCCUAACAUCUCCAGGGCAGCAACAUCAUUUAAUUUGCAUCGAUAUUUGCUGCUUCCCGGUCCUACCCGAUAGAUAGGCUGUACUAUACGAACAGAUACAUAGGCAGGAUCACUUAUAAGCCCGAAGCACAUAUGUAUUCGCAGCAGCCUUUCUCGGCAUUAGGUAGCCUGGCUAGGGCCUUAGAGGUCUCCUGGCAACCAAGCCUAUCAAACUAUCUUACGGUCUAA